AUGUCAACGGCCGCUAGCAAACUACGAACCUUUGUUGCGAACAAUGAGAUACCGGUAGGGUACCAUACCCCGAGUUUCCCGUCGCUGUACUGGCCAAUAUCAAACGAGAGCUACAGUCUUGCUUUCCUCUACAACAUCGAGGACAUUUGGAAGUUCACCAUGUACUGGUGUUUGAUACUAAACGGUGCAUUCUACGGCACCUCGGGCCUCGUGGCAACCAUCUCACAUUGGAAAAAUCCACACGCUAUACUCAUAGUCGGGCUAUAUCUUUUGUACGCGGGCAUUCAAGGAGUUGUCAUCGGCAUCAUUGCAGGCUUGCUUCUGGGUGCCAUCUACCGAGCGGGACUCUUCACCAUGUCCACGUGGAUCCCAUUAUGUUGUGCAGUGGCACAGAUCCUCUUUGAUGUUGUCAUGAGUUACUCCCACGUCGGUUCACUGCUCUAG